AUGAUCGUAUUAAUAUACGAAAGCCCUCGAGAUAAAGACUACGCCAUCCUUUCGCACAGAUGGCUACCGAAAGAAUAUCGCUUCGAAGACAUACAAAACUCGACAGGGAUUCAGAGUCCAUUGCACGAAAGCUUUGCCAAAGUGAAGAAAAGCUGCGACGAGGCUUUGCGUGGUGGAUUCGACUAUCUCUGGAUUGACACUUGCUGCAUCGAUCAGAGCAGCAGCGCCGAGCUUUCCGAGUCGAUAAAUUCCAUGUUCCUGUGGUAUCGACAGGCGAGAGAGUGUUAUGUAUAUCUUGACGACUUCGCUUUGAGUAACUAUGCGCCAAUCUCGAUGCAGACGCUUGGUACUAGUCAAUGGUUUCGCCGUGGGUGGACGCUGCAGGAGCUGGUAGCACCUUCAGAGCUGAUCUUCUUUGAUUGUAACUGGAAACGAAUCGGAACUAGGGAUGACCCAGCCCUUAGCUCGAUGCUUCAUACAAUCACAGGAAUCCCCGUUUCCAUCUUGAGUCGAAUCUCGAUCGAGAAGUGUCACGCUCAGACACGUUACCAAGGGCACUCUUUUGCGGAUGGGACAUGCGAGCUGUGCGGUACCACUGAUCAGCUUCCUAUGCUCUUAAAGAGUCGCAGCGUGGCAGAAAGGAUAUCAUGGGCCAGCAGACGCCAAACAACCCGCGCAGAAGAUGAAUCAUACUGCCUUCUUGGCCUCUUUGAUGUCAACAUGCCGCUUCUUUAUGGUGAAGGGAGGCAGAAGGCAUUCCUUAGACUACAGGAAGGCAUUGUGAAGGCCUCUGACGAUCAAUCCAUCCUUGCUUACAGUGUGCCUCAUGGAGAAGCAGCGAACAUCCCUCAGCUGCUUGCCAACUCACCACAAUGCUACCAAGUUUCUUAUGAUACGACAGAAGCUAAGUUCAUGCAUGUGAAUCUGCUUUUGAACCCCCCGCGACCCUUUCUGGAUGUACAGAUAGGAGACCUUUUCACUACUCCUUCCCUUCGCAUAAAGAUCAAAGAACCGUUAAAGCUGCGGCAUUGCAUGACUUAUCCGUCUUGCUCAUCUGUUCCCGCAGGCGCUACCUACUUCCCCGCCGGCCACUGGGAGACUGGUGGUCUCAAACAGCGAAAUACGGGGAGAAACAUACUUUGUGGCGCCAUAUGCUUCAUUGCCCUUGAUGAGACUGCUGCCUUUGUCGUUUUAUGGGGGUUCCAUGGUUCUGAUGUGGUAACAUCGUCUCGGGACAUCCAUUCAGAGUCUUCUGGGCAAAGGCCGUGGUGUCGUGUCCUAAGUUGGCAAGAUAUCAUUGAUAUCGACCUCAAAUGGUACUCCACUACCGCGGAAGCGAAGAUUAUGGCACAACUCAAAAAGCGUGUCACCACUUUGAGCUACGCCUAUGAUGGCGAUCGCACGCCUGAACUCACGGACCCCAAGGAGAUCGAAUUACGUGGACGCGUUGAUAAAUGGUCUCGACAAGAGGAACGCUCCAAAGCUAUAUGGGGAACUGGGGUCACUACCACAGUCUACGUUUCCAUCGAUGCAAAGCUUUUCCUCGGACGUUCAUUAUAUCGCCUGAGAAUAUCGACAAAGCCGCGAGAAUGA